CUCUUGUUGCUAAUUUGUUUGACAUUCCAAUGUCGUUGAAUUACUUAUGUAUGUAUCUUAAUAUUCCAGUAUGUCUGCGCCCAUGUUCUCGUCUUUGAAACGUGUGGUUCCUUCAAAUUUCUUGUCAAACAAAUUUAUUCUUCAUGGAAGUCAGUAUCCAUGCAGAACAGCAUUCUUUUGGCAAAAGAAGAAAGAGGAGAAGGUUCCCACAGAGAUUAGAAAACCACUGACAAAGAUUGAUGGACCAACAACCGUGGACCGACUCCAAUCUCUGAAGAAACAAACGUCUGUCUGCACAGUACGAGGAUACAAACCUCCCACCGACCUGCUGGAGAGAAUGGAGCGGAUAACGUGUGAGUUGUGUGGAGAUGUUGGGGACUGGACAGCGGUGUCCCUCGGUGAUGACAGGAGACUGAAGUUUAAGCUUCUGACAAGAUUCAUCAAAGAGUUUGACCAUGACAUCCCCAGCUGUGAACUUCAUGACAUGCACAGCGUUGGUGACGCCAUCACCUUCUUCACAACGGAGGUGCGAGACACGUCGACCUACGAAGACCUAUCCAAACUGGACCUGCCCAAGAACCUGCACAUACAGUUGAAACACCUGUCGUUUGACCCCGAGACGGACACCAUGUUCGGUGGAGUGUCAGCGUUUGAUCAAAAGACUCUCAAAAGUAGAUCCAGAUUUAGAGAGAGUGAUAGCUGAUAACCCAAGUUGUAGCUCAGUCUUAUUUGUGAUUUGUGGUAUUUGUGAUAACCUCUGCUUUAUGAUGGACGUUUUGUCAAUAAAUAAUAGACUUGUA